GACGUCCCAUCCCACAGCCUCGCGGCCGCGUUCUCUCGCUAAUUGUGGUUCGGAGGGCCACUAUUCCUACCCGGUGCUCCCUCGAACAUCUAUAUUUGUGCCAAAAAGUCGACCGUGAGUUGGAAACAGACUCGUGCUAAUCGUCGUGAUCUUCCACCGCUUCCGGUAACCAGACAACUGCCGAGAAAUGAAGCUUGUCAUCGAUGAGCAGAUCAAACUCGGUAUCGGCCAAACCAGUGUGGUUUAUCAUGGCACGCUCAAUGCGGAAUCGAUAGCCGCAAAGAAAUCUACCAAUGGGUCUUCGUUGUGUGACGAAUCUCGUAUUCUGAAAAUUUUUAAGCACAAGAACGUUGUGAAGCACAGAGGACUUUUCGAGCUCGCCGGCGGAGACUGCCUCAUCAUGGAAUUGGCACUGGGAGGGACCCUUGCAGAGCAUCUCGGAUACGGGAAAUUUUCCCCGACGCAGAAGAAAUCGCUCAUACAACAGAUCUCUUCGGGACUCGGCCACAUCCAUGAUAAAGGUAUCGUGCACCGAGACCUCAAAGCGGAAAAUCUGCUCUUCAAGGACAUGAUGCGAGAGCACAUCGUUAUCGCGGAUUUCGGGUCCGCCCAGUCUUAUCGAGACGAUGUCUAUGCUGAAAACGAUCACGAGGAUGUCGACGACGACGAGUACACGUUCAAGAGCGAUGUUUAUCUCCUGGGGCUGGUGGCUUUCCAGAUUCUGCGUGACCUCCGGCACUUUGACCGACGUCGCCUCACAGGAGCAGUCCUCCAUCAAGGCUAUCUCGACAAUCAGGACGUUUGUGGAAGUUGGGAGAUGUGGCGAAUGAUUAUCCAGUCUCUCGAUCGCGAACCCGAAAAGCGGCCCACAGUGAUGGAGUUCUUCGCGGCUUUCGGAGCCCCACCUGCAUGAAAUCAGAUGUUCUCGAGGUCGAUGGCCUCCUCCCUAGGGUUAUGAUGUGGCAGGCGGGAACGACUCUCCCCGCGAGGAAUCCUCAAAGUUGCUCGACCGCUGGUGACACGCUGCUAUAAAAACGAGUGGUUGAUUUUUUAGAGCAUCUCAGUUUCCGAAAACUGCGCGCACGAUCCUCCCGAACUGCUAAGGAAUCAUUUCCCCCUGUUCUUCUCGAAUCAUGGGGGAAAUUUUAUAUUAAAUUAAGAAUUGAUGAUUCGAAAGUCUUCAUCCAGGAAUCUCUUUUCAACAAAUAAAGCUAUGGCUACUCUUAAUGAAAAAAA